AUGAAUGUGGACAAGUAGAUCGGUGUCACUCGCGUCAAACGGUUCCACAAACCCUGGACGGCUAAGCAACACCCGCUAAGCUCGACAACGACCAACUCUAUGACCAACAAGGCAAGCAAACGAAGCCCGGGGAGUCUGGGGAAGAACAUAUAAGGACACUGGUAGCCCUUCGAAAUCUGGCAAGAAACACCCUACACAAAUAUGCACGGAACACUUCAGCUUGCUACCCUCCUCACCGGAGUGGCGGCCUUCCCUCACAUGGCUCUCAAGAUGAUGACUGAGAAUGCACUCAGCGCCGAAGAUCUCGCAAAGCGAUCGGUCGACGCUGCUGCCCUUGGUCUUGACAAGCGUCAGUCCUUCACUGGUGUCCCAACCACCACCUUCGACGCCAAGAGCCAAUUCGUCAGCAACAGUGGCAUUCACGCAUUCCGGGCUCCUCGCAACCUUGGACAGCCCGGUGGUGACAUUCGUGGUCCUUGCCCGGGCCUCAAUGCUGCUGCAAACCACGGUUACAUCUCCCGUGACGGUGUCACCAACCUUCAGGAGGCCAUUGACGGUACCAACGCUGUGUUCAACAUGGGCCGUGAUCUCGGAGGAUUCCUUUCUAUCUACUCGGUCCUUUCUGACGGCGACCCAUUGACUCAGAAGUGGUCUAUCGGUGGAGCACCUCCUGCCGGACUCGGCGGUCUUCUGGGUGUCAAGCCUCAGGGACUUACUGGCUCGCACAAUAAAUACGAGACCGACAGCUCACCUAUGCGUGGUGACUUGUACCAGUUCAAUGGUGACAAUUUCCGUCUGCAAAUGUCGCAGUUCAAGGAGUUUUACAACACCAAGGCUGGCCAGACCAACCCCACCUACAGCUUCGAGGACAUUGCAGCGUUCCGCAAGGUUCGAUUCCAAGAGUCCAUUGACAAGAACCCCUACUUCUACUACGGCGCCUUUACUGGUAUUGCCGUCUCGCAGGCUGCUUUCACCUUCAUCCCAGCCUUCAUGUCCAACCACUCAGCUGAGUACCCCAACGGUUUCCUCUCUCGUGAAGUGCUGCAGUCCUUCAUGUCUGUUGUUGGAUCUCCCGACAACAAUGGCGCCAACCUUCAGUACGUCGAGGGUAACGAGCGUAUCCCAGACAACUGGUACAAGCGAUCGGGUCUCAUUCCUUACAGUAUUCCUCUCUUUAUCCUUGACAUUCUGCGUGUCGGACAGGUGGAGCCUCGCGUCCUCAGCGUUGGUGGCAAUCUCGGCAAGGUCAACACAUACACUGGUGUCAACCGUGCUGACCCUGCUGGCGGUCUUGCCAACGCCGGUGACCUUCUCCAAGGCAAUGACCUCUCAUGCUUCAUCUACCAGACCCUCCAGCUGGCUCUUCUCGACGCUGCCAAGGGUGUUACUGGCCCAGUCAUCAGCACUCUCAACUCGUUGCUCGGCGACUCGCUCAAGCUUCCUGUUGGAUGCCCACAGAUUCAGCAGUACGACCCUUCAAUCACGGCUCAGUUCCCUGGAGCUAGCCUUUAGGCAAGUAUCGUAGUAUCGCAUCAUAGCACUGUAAAAGCAAUCUUCAUGACUA